AUGCCGGCGGGGCCGCCGCUGCUGCGGGGCUCCUUCCUCAUCCUCCUCAUCCUGCUCUUCCUCGGUGCCCCGGCCCGAGGAACCGUCUACACCAACCAUUUCUUGGUGGAGCUGCACGGCGGGGACCAGGCGGAGGCCGAGCGGGUGGCAGCGGAGCACGGCUUCGGCGGGGUGCGGAAGCUCCCGUUUUUAGACAGUGGAUACUUCUUCUAUCACAAUGGCAUUGCCAAGGCCAGGAGAAGACGCAGUCUUCAACACAAGAUUCAUCUGGAAAAGGAUUCCAGGGUCAGGAAAGCUGUGCAGCAGGAAGGCUUCAGCAGGAGGAAACGAGGAUACAGGGACAUCAACGACAUUGACAUCAACAUGAAUGAUCCUUUAUUUAUGAAGCAGUGGUACCUGAUUAAUACUGGUCAAGCAGAUGGGACUCCCGGACUUGACCUUAAUGUAGCUGAAGCAUGGGAGCUGGGAUACACAGGGAAGGGAGUAACCAUAGGAAUUAUGGAUGAUGGAAUUGAUUAUCUGCACCCUGAUCUUGCAUCAAAUUAUAAUGCCAAAGCCAGCUAUGACUUCAGCAGCAAUGAUCCCUACCCCUACCCCCGCUACACAGAUGACUGGUUUAACAGCCAUGGGACAAGGUGUGCGGGAGAGGUGUCUGCUGCUGCCAACAACAACAUCUGCGGCGUGGGAGUUGCAUACAACUCCAAGGUGGCAGGUAUUCGAAUGCUUGACCAGCCAUUUAUGACAGACAUUAUUGAGGCUUCCUCCAUCAGUCACAUGCCUCAAGUCAUAGACAUCUACAGUGCCAGCUGGGGACCAACUGAUAAUGGAAAGACUGUGGAUGGACCUCGAGAGCUUACACUGCAAGCGAUGGCAGACGGUGUGAACAAGGGCCGGGGUGGCAAAGGCAGUAUCUAUGUCUGGGCCUCUGGAGAUGGGGGCAGCUAUGAUGACUGUAACUGUGAUGGUUAUGCAUCCAGCAUGUGGACAAUCUCCAUCAAUUCUGCUAUAAACGACGGACGGACAGCUCUCUAUGAUGAAAGCUGCUCUUCAACCUUAGCCUCCACCUUUAGCAACGGGAGGAAGAGAAAUCCAGAAGCCGGCGUGGCUACAACAGAUUUGUAUGGCAACUGCACCCUGCGUCACUCAGGAACGUCUGCAGCUGCCCCGGAAGCAGCCGGAGUGUUUGCCUUGGCCCUGGAGGCUAACUUGGAUCUGACAUGGAGAGACAUGCAGCAUCUGACAGUGCUCACAUCCAAGAGAAACCAGCUUCACGAUGAAGUUCAUCAGUGGCGGAGAAACGGCGUUGGGCUGGAAUUCAACCAUUUGUUUGGCUAUGGUGUCCUAGACGCUGGAGCCAUGGUGAAGAUGGCAAAAGACUGGAAGACUGUUCCUGAGAGAUUCCAUUGUGUUGGAGGAUCUAUACAGGAACCUGAAAAGAUACCACCAAGUGGCAAGCUGGUCCUAACGCUUAAAACCGAUGCUUGUGAGGGGAAGGAAAACUUCGUCCGAUACCUUGAACACGUCCAAGCAGUGAUAACUGUGAAUUCCACCAGGCGAGGAGACCUCAACAUCAACAUGACCUCACCCAUGGGAACAAAGUCCAUUCUACUGAGCCGGCGCCCCAGGGAUGACGACUCCAAGGUGGGUUUUGACAAAUGGCCUUUCAUGACCACACACACUUGGGGAGAAGACCCCCGAGGCAGCUGGGUGCUAGAGAUCGGGUUUGUGGGCAGUCUGCCGCAGCGGGGCAUGCUGAAGGAGUGGACACUGAUGCUGCACGGGACUCAGAGCGCACCAUAUAUAGACCAAAUAGUAAAAGAUUACCAGUCCAAACUGGCCAUGUCCAAGAAGGAAGAGCUGGAAGAAGAAUUAGAUGAAGCAGUGGAGAGAAGCCUGAAGAGUAUACUGAGCAAGAACUAG